GCACCCUUCAAGCCAGGCGUUCCAGUCAGGGUCAGGACGACUCCAUCUCCGAUCCGCAGUGCUCUAAGGCCGAGCCGAUCGCUGUCCGCGAUAAAGCUCCUACGCCGGAUCACGAUCCCGAGGAGAAGCCGAUUGGCGGGGAGCUGAUUGGGGGAAAGCUUAUAGCUGAGCCGGAGGAUAGCCAAGGGCUGUCGCAGGAUGUCGGACCUGAGAGGGAUGAACUGGACCUGGCCUUGGGAGUGGAUAUGGACUUGGAAUUGGACUUGGAACUGGAGCCGGAGCUAAUGGCCCUUGCCGAGAACUUGGAUCCCUUGAGCCAACCCGACAGCCUCUCCUCGUUCUCGUCGUCUGACGUCUCCAGUCGCUGGUCCUCGUCCACCGUAUCGCCCGUACCCGACAAGUGCACUCCUCCACCGAAACUCGAGGCGAAGCCCGUGCUAUCGGGAUCGGGCUACGACAUGCCCUUUCCCUACCCCGACCAGAUUGCAUUGUGUCCUCAUCAACGUUUCCAAUAUAUCUUCAGCCUGGUGGACAGCAUGAACUUGCAGCUGGAGAAAAAGCGAAGAAAGUCUCCGGAUCCAUUGAAAAAUGCUGGUAAGAAGUGCUCCACUGGAGCAGUGCCCAAGACAAAGGUCAAGAAUAAGGAAAAUUUGAAAAAGAUGCCCGCGCCCAUCAAUACCAAUCCUAGUAGCCCCGAAAAAGGACUCCCAAUCAUCCAGGCAAAGCCAAAAAAACUCUACAUUAUGAAUUUCCAAGCAAAGCCCAUAAAUCUAUCAUCGAAAACCAACUACCAAUACAUGAAGGAAAAUAAGUCGAAGCCACAAAACGUAAAGCGUAGACAGGACCAGGACCACGAACAGUUUGUCGACUUGGAUACAGAUUGCGAGCUCGGCAUGGAACACCUCGAGCAAUAUCGAGCCAAGGCCUCACGUCGUGACUCUGAGGGCAAUCGCAACGAUCCCCCUUCAGAGACAAUCGCACGCAAAUCUCGCAUCGACAAUCCCGAGAAGCGCUCAUCAGAGACAAACACCAGAGCCAGUGGCGAUCGCAGACUUUUGCUUGGGUCACGCGAUAAUGGCGAAGAAAUAAGCAACACAGCUGUCGACACUCUCGAACAGCGCUAUUCAGAGAAGCGGAUCAGCGACUACUUUCUGCUUGGAUCACCCGAUAGUGGCGAGGAAACCAUCAACUCGGACGGGGCUCCUCUCAAAAAGAACUAUUCUUCAGAGACAAACGACAAGUUGACAGGAUCAGGAUCAGGCGAUGUUCGCAUUCGGGCCGAGACACGUGCGACUGACGGCGACAAUCACGAUCAGGGCUCUUCAGGGCUCCAAAGUUCAAAUAGCGACGACUGUUCGCUUGGAUCGUAUACCCGCAAAGGUUCCAGCUCCGCAGGCGAGGGGAUACCAUCCACAGAACCAUUGCCAUACGAUUUGCGCAUAAAACGCAACCGUCCCGCAACCAUGAACAUGAUUCAACCAUUUUCUGAGGACUCGCACCUGGCUUCAUCUGAUUCUGAUGCUAACACUGCCUCGUCCUCGGUCUCAGAAUCGGACUCCGACUCCCCGUCCAGCAACAUCUUGGAGAUGCCACGCCAGUCUUUUGCGGAGUGUUCUCCUCUGACCUCGUUGACCUCCAUCGGCGACCUCCAAAAGUCGCGCCAAACAUCACACCCAUCUGGAUCCCGCUAAGCAUUCCUGGAGUGAGAUCACAGUGUUGUAUUUCAGAGGGCAACGACUCCAAUAUCAUGCGUUUUAUUUAAA